UAUGUGAGACAAAUUGUCAAUUGUGUGCAUAACGUAUCCAAUGGCAGUCUAUGUGAGAGAUGAAUAAGUAAGGGAUGCUUUUAUGUGUUGUUUAUACAUCUCCAUCCCCUUCAAAUCUUUGGAGCUCAAUCUUCAUUAGUAUUGCUUUCUCUUUGAAUUCUCUUUGACCAUCAACAUAUAUAUAUAAUGGCUCACGAAAAACAGUUUAACCACCUCAAAAUCCCAUUAGAAAUUAUAAAAUCAGCAACCAAUAAUUUCGAUAAAGAAAAUUUGAUUGGCGAAGGCGGAUUUGGGAAAGUUUACAAGGGACUAAUCAACCAUUCCAUGGGCCAACACACCAAGGUUGCUUUCAAGCGUUUAGAUCAUGCGUUUGGGCAUGGAGCUCCCGAGUUUUGGAAGGAAAUUAUGUUGCUUUCCUUAUACACACAUGAAAAUAUAGUCUCUCUCUUAGGGUAUUGUGAUGAUUUUGGCGAGAAGAUCCUCGUGUACGAGUAUGCAUCUAAGAAAAGCCUUGACUUGUAUAUAAACAGCGGCGAACUAAGUUGGGUUCAACGUCUUCACAUAUGUAUUGGGGCGGCUCGUGGACUGGCACACUUACAUACUCCUAGUGAUACCCAACUUAGAGUAUUGCAUCGAGAUAUUAAGAGUUCUAAUAUAUUAUUAGAUGACAACUGGAAUGCCAGAAUCUCAGAUUUUGGUCUCUCCAAAUUUGCCCCUGUAAACAAACAUUUCACAUAUCUUAUCUCCCACGCUGUUGGCACAUUUGGUUAUUGUGAUCCGGUCUAUGUAGAGACUGGCUUAUUAACAAAAGAGUCGGAUGUUUACUCUUUUGGUGUAGUUUUGUUUGAGGUAUUAUGUGGGAGGCUGUGUAUUGGCAGCAACAAUGGCGAUCAUCAAUCUUUUGUGGGAUUUGUGCAAAAAUGUUAUGAAGAAAACAAAAUAAAGGAAAUUGUUUUUGCCAACAUAAAAGAUGAAAUAAAUCAUCAUUCUUUGGAGCAAUUUACAAAAAUAGCUUAUCAAUGUUUAGUGAAAAACCGUGAAGAACGUCCAUUGAUGAAUGAGAUCCUCAAAGCACUUGCAAGUGCACUUAAACAUCAAUUGCAGAUGUUGGCGUCGAAUGGUAGUAAACAAACUCCAAUUGUUGGAAUCUUGAAUGUAACAGUACUAAAAGGAUUGGGGCUUGAUAUUGAGAAUCCUUAUGUGAUACUCAAACUAAAGAACUUGAGAGAUAAAUUAGAGUCAUAUUGCCUUCCAUCCGUGAAGAAAACGACCAUAUGCUACGGCUACAAGAAAGGGGAUCCGCAUUGGAAUGAGGAAUUCACACUAUAUGUUGAAGAUCUUGAAAAUCAACUGCUAGAAAUAUGGGUUUAUAACAAGCGCUCAUCAACAUGUAAACAAGUAGAAAUCCAUAAGCAAGUCGGGAAGCAGGAUUUAAGAUGUAGUGACAUUACAUCUGGAACUCCAAAGACUAAAAAAAUCUGGCUCUUCAACCUGGAUGACUGUUGGGGGGUGCGCACCUAUCGAGGGGAAAUCAUGGUGAAAGUUAUGUACGAACCAUGCACAAAUUACACUAUCUUUGAAGAGGUAUGUCCACUGCAAAAGGCUCCAACAUGGACUCCUCAAGAGGGAGGAUUGCUUGUCGUUAUAAUCCAUGAAGCGGAUCGCCUUGAAUUCAAGCAUCACAUCAAUCCAUAUGUUUCGCUGCUAUUCCUAGGCGAGUCAAGAAAAACCGUGGCAAUAAAGAGCGCAUAUGAUCCGAAAUGGCAGGAGGAGUUUACAUUUAUGUUGGAACAGCCACCAACGAACGAAAAAUUACGGUUGGAAGUCAUUAGUUCUCCUUGGAAGAAAAUAAUAUUUCGAAAGGAAGAAUCGAUGGGUUAUGUUGAUAUAAUGGUCGUUGAUGUUGUGAAAGAAAGACGGAUCAUCAAACGUUAUCGUCUUCAAAAUGUAAGUUGGGGUUUCCUGACGGUGGAGUUGCAAUGGAGAUCGCCGAACUAGUUUAAUUACCACCGGUAAUACUAACAGUCAUUGAUGGAGACACAUUUAUCAUUAUGUUUUUGGAAGGAAUAGAAUCUUUCGAAUGAAAUCAGAUUCCUGCUUUUUUGAACAACCAAACGCACUAAAGAAUGGAAUUCAAUUCCAAUUCCAUCAGAUUCUAUCAAAUUCUGUAAAACAAACGCGACCUAAGUAUUCUUCAAGUUUCAGACCACAAUUUUCAAUUUCUUUUUAAGGUUUUAUUA